CGUCCUCCCAGCGCGUCCGCGGCGCUUGGCUCCUCCUUGUCCUUCCUCGCGUGAUUGUUAUCGCGCCCAUUUUUGUGCCUUUAUUAAUAAAUAACAAUAAUAAUACAAAAUCUCCUCCCCCACCCCGGCUGGGCGUCGAUCGGCCGCGAGAAGCGGAGCCCCGCCACCCCCGCGGCAGGAAGAAGCGUCGCUCCGGGCCAGGCGCGGGGCCGGCGGGAAGAUGCGGCGCCCCCACCCGUGACUCCCGCUCUCAGCGCGGCGAUGGGUUAGGCGGAUUGUAUCCAGCAGCCCCGAGAAGAGCAGUCGAGCGCGGCGGCGGCGGCGAGGCCCGCGCAGGAGCACCUGCAGCGGGAGGCGGCGGCGGCGGCGGCGGCGCCCCACACCCAGCCCCCGCCAUGGACCUCGGGCUGGAAUUAUGAGCCGGCUACGGCUGCCGGCGGCUGGGGCUCGCGUGCACCCUAAAGGCUUUGCCCCCGCUCGGCGCUCGUGGGCGGCGGGGCUCCCGUCACCCCCCCGCCGCUUCGCUCCCUGCAGCCGGCCUCCUGCCCCUGCGGCCGCCGCUUACCGGGCUCGGACUCUUCCUCUGGCGCCGGGGUUAGCGUAAUCUGGCCUGGCUCCUUCUCCCGGGGUCAGUCCCGUCCCCCGGCUCUCUGCCUGGCCACCCCCUCCGGUCUCCGCCCGUUCCGCCGCCCGCUCCCAGGCCCGCUGGUCCCCCAGCUCCCGGUUCGUUCUGCUGCGGCCCCCUUCCCGCGCGUCACUCUCCUUCCUCCCUUCUCCCCCCGCGGCCGCCCUCACGAGUGGGCAGAGUGUGUGUGGGGGAGGCCGGGCUUCCCCGGUCAGCCCCCUCCCCGGGGCGCUGUUGAUUCAUCAGGCAGCCCGUCGAUCCGCGGGCACUGCCUUGGAUGCAGUGCUCCCGCCGCUGCCGCCCGAGCGAGCCCCGUGUCUCCCGUCGCGUGGCUGAGCGCCACCAAACAUGUCGGCUCCUGUCGGGCCGCGGGGCGGCCCUGCGCCUCCUCAGCCUCCUCCACCUCAGGCCCCGCAGCCGGAGAUGCCCGACCUCAGCCACCUCACGGAGGAAGAGAGGAAGAUCAUCCUGGCCGUCAUGGAGCGGCAGAAGAAGGAGGAAGAGAAGGAGCAGUCCGUGCUCAAGGUCAAAGAAGAACAAAAACCACAACCGACACAGUGGUUUCCCUUUAGUGGGAUCACUGAGCUGGUAAAUAACGUUCUUCAGCCACAGCAAAAACAGCAAAAUGAAAAGGAGCCCCAGACGAAAUUGCAUCAACAAUUUGAAAUGUAUAAGGAGCAGGUGAAGAAAAUGGGUGAAGAAUCACAGCAGCAGCAGGAGCAGAAGAGUGAUGCCCCAACCUGUGGUAUCUGCCACAAAACAAAAUUUGCCGAUGGCUGUGGCCAUAACUGUUCAUAUUGCCAAACUAAAUUCUGUGCACGUUGUGGAGGAAGAGUGUCUUUACGCUCAAAUAAGGAGGACAAAGUGGUAAUGUGGGUAUGUAACUUGUGCCGAAAACAACAAGAAAUCCUCACAAAAUCAGGAGCCUGGUUCUACAACAGUGGAUUAAAUACACCGCAGCAGCCUGAUCAAGAACAUAUUAGAGGAUUGCAGAACGAGGAAGCACCUCGGGAGAAAAAGGCGAAGCUGCAGGAGCAGUCCCAGUACCAAGGACCCUCAGGUGACACAUCCACACCAGCGUUGGACAAAAAUAGAUCUCAAGUGCUCACAAGACAAGACUCAAUUAAAAAUGGUUCAGGAGUGAAGCACCAGAUUGCAAGUGACACAACUUCAGACAGGAAAAGAAGCCCAUCAGUAUCUAGAGAUCAGAACAGAAGAUACGACCAAAGGGACGAGAGAGACGAAUAUUCACAGUAUGCUACAUCAGACAGUGCAAUGCCAAGGUCACCAUCAGAUUAUACAGAUAGGCGAUCACAGCGUGGGUCUCAGCUGUACGAAGAACCUGAACUUGGUGACUACAGAGAUUCUAACAGAAGAAGUCACAGACGUUCCAAAGAGUAUUCUGUAGAGGAAGAUGAUGUGCAGAACAGAGAGGAAUAUGAGAGGCAGAGGCGAGAAGAGGAGUACCAGGCACGAUACCGAAGUGAUCCUAAUUUGGCUCGUUAUCCUGUCAAACCACAACCAUAUGAAGAACAAAUGCGUAUCCACGCUGAAGUAUCCCGAGCACGCCAUGAACGAAGACACAGUGAUGCCUCAUUGGCCAACACUGAACUGGAGGAGUCCCGGAUAUCUAUGCUGAGGAUGGAACGACCAUCAAGGCAAAGAUCUAUAUCUGAGCGCAGAGCUGCCAUGGAAAACCAACGUUCAUAUUCUGUGGAAAGAACUCGAGAAGCUCAGGGACCAAGUCCCAAUCGUCAGAGGACAACAAAUCAUAGCCCUCCAACACCUAGGAGGAGUCCAAUUCCUCUGGAUAGGCCUGACAUGAGGCGCACUGAUUCAUUAAGGAAACAGCACCAUUUGGAUCCCAGUUCUGCUGUACGGAAAACAAAACGUGAAAAAAUGGAAACAAUGUUAAGGAAUGAUUCACUCAGCUCAGAUCAAUCUGAGUCGGUCAGGCCUCCGCCACCAAAGCCACAUAAAACAAAAAAGGGAGGUAAAAUGCGUCAGGUUUCAUUGAGCAGCUCAGAAGAAGAAUUGGCUUCUACUCCAGAAUAUACGAGCUGUGAUGAUGUAGAGAUUGAAAGUGAAAGUGUCAGUGAAAAAGGGGACAGUCAAAGGGGAAAAAGAAAAACUAGUAAGCAGGCAGUUUUGUCGGAUUCUAACACCUUAUCUGAGAGACAAAAGAAAAUGGUGUGCUUUGGCGGCCACUCUUUGGAAGAGGACUUGGAAUGGUCUGAGCCUCAAGUUAAAGACUCUGGGGUAGAUACGUGUAGUAGCACAACUCUAAAUGAAGAGCAUAGCCAUAGCGAGAAGCAUCCUGUGACCUGGCAGCCAUCCAAAGAUGGAGACCGUCUAAUUGGACGGAUUUUGUUAAAUAAACGACUAAAAGAUGGAAGCGUGCCUAGAGACUCGGGAGCAGUGCUUGGACUGAAGGUCGUAGGAGGAAAGAUGACUGAAACUGGUCGGCUGUGUGCAUUUAUCACCAAAGUAAAAAAAGGAAGUUUAGCUGAUACAGUGGGACAUCUUAGACCAGGUGAUGAAGUGUUAGAAUGGAAUGGAAGGCUAUUGCAAGGAGCCACCUUUGAGGAAGUAUAUAACAUCAUUUUAGAAUCCAAGCCUGAACCACAAGUGGAGCUUGUCGUUUCAAGGCCAAUUGGGGAUAUUCCCAGAAUACCUGACAGUACACAUGCACAACUGGAAUCCAGUUCUAGUUCAUUUGAAUCUCAAAAAAUGGACCGACCAUCUAUUUCCGUGACUUCUCCCAUGAGUCCUGGCAUGUUGAGGGAUGUUCCACAGUUCUUGUCUGGACAACUUUCAAGCCAAAGCCUUAGUAGAAGAACAACGCCUUUUGUUCCUAGGGUUCAGAUAAAGCUGUGGUAUGACAAGGUUGGUCAUCAGUUGAUAGUCACAAUAUUGGGAGCAAAGGAUCUUCCUUCAAGGGAAGAUGGGAGGCCAAGGAAUCCUUAUGUUAAAAUUUACUUUCUUCCAGACAGAAGUGAUAAAAACAAAAGAAGAACAAAAACAGUAAAGAAAACAUUGGAACCCAAAUGGAACCAAACAUUCAUUUAUUCUCCAGUUCAUCGGAGAGAAUUUCGAGAACGAAUGUUGGAGAUUACCCUUUGGGACCAAGCACGAGUUCGUGAGGAAGAAAGUGAAUUUUUAGGAGAGAUUCUUAUUGAGCUAGAGACAGCACUAUUAGAUGAUGAACCUCACUGGUACAAACUUCAGACACAUGAUGUUUCUUCAUUGCCACUUCCCCAUCCCUCGCCAUAUUUGCCUCGCAGACAGCUACAUGGUGAAAGCCCUACACGGAGGUUACAAAAUAAAGGCUUAUAUUCAUAUAAUUCAGGAUCCAAAAGAAUCAGUGAUAGUGAAGUUUCUGACUAUGACUGUGAUGAUGGAAUUGGUGUAGUUUCAGAUUACCGACAUAAUGGAAGAGAUCUUCAGAGCUCAACGUUAUCAGUGCCAGAACAAGUGAUGUCAUCCAAUCACUGCUCUCGAUCAGGGUCCUCUCACCGUACAGAUAGUAUAGGACGGACUAGAUCUUGGUCUCCCAGUGUCCCUCCUCCACAAAGUAGGAAUAUGGAACAGGGACCUCGAGGGACUCGAUCUACUCCUGCACAUUAUAAUACCAUGAACCGAAUGGAUAGACAUCGUGCAAUAGAUGACCACUACUCCCCAGACAGAGAGAGGAGGACUAGGCAGGAGAGAAGAGUGCCUAAUACAUAUUAUGACGACACUACCCAUACUCCUGAAAGGUGGUACAAUGGUGCAAGUUCAUGGGCAGAUCAUGUAGUCAAUGGUUCAGCUGAAAACUAUGGGAAUUGUGAAGCAGCAGAUAGACAGCCAUAUCAAAGAUCCAGAUCAACAGAACAGCAUCCUGUGCUAGAGCGGACCAGCUCCCGCUCCCGAUCCACAGAGCGUCCUGAUUCAAACCUCAUGAGGUCGAUGCCUUCAUUAAUGACUGGAAGAUCUGCCCCUCCUUCACCUGCCUUAUCGAGGUCACAUCCUCGAACUGGGUCUGUCCAAACAAGCCCAUCAAGUACUCCAGUAGCAGGACGAAGGGGCAGGCAGUUACCACAGCUCCCACCAAAGGGAACAUUGGAAAGAAAAGAAAAGAAAGCAGAUCCAGAGAAUGGGAAUGCAGGCGGUAUGGAUGUAGAAGAAAGAAAUCGUCAAAUGAAAAUAAGCAAGUUCAAACAGGCAGCAGGAUCAGACUCCAGGCUGGAGCAAGAUUAUCAUUCUAAGUAUCGGUCAGGACGGGAUCCUCAGCGAGGCUCAGACAAUAUUUCCAAUAAGUCUUCAGACAGUGAUGUCAGUGAUGUGUCAGCUGUAUCAAGGACAAGCAGUGCUUCUCGUUUCAGCAGCACAAGCUACAUGUCUGUCCAAUCAGAACGACUGAGAGGGAACAAGAAAAUAAGUGUCUUUACAUCCAAAAUGCAAAGCAGACAGAUGGGCGCCUCAGGAAAGAACAUGACUAAGAGCACCAGCAUCAGCGGGGACAUGUACACCCUAGAGAAGAACGAUGGCAGCCAGUCUGACACAGCAGUGGGCACUGUGGGCACUAGUGGCAAAAAACGACGCUCCAGUAUCGGCGCAAAGAUGGUAGCGAUUGUGAGUCUGUCACGAAAAAGCCGCAGCACUUCUCAACUCAGCCAAACUGAAGCGGGUGGUAAGAAGCUGCGGAGCACUGUCCAGAGAAGCACAGAAACUGGGCUAGCUGUGGAAAUGAGAAACUGGAUGACACGUCAGGCCAGCCGGGAAUCUACAGAUGGCAGCAUGAACAGCUACAGUUCUGAGGGAAAUCUGAUUUUCCCAGGUGUGCGGUUGGCCUCUGACAGUCAGUUCAGUGAUUUUCUGGAUGGACUUGGCCCUGCGCAGCUAGUAGGACGCCAAACACUGGCGACGCCAUCUAUGGGUGAUAUCCAGAUAGGAAUGAUGGACAAAAAAGGACAGUUGGAGGUAGAAAUAAUACGAGCCCGUGGCCUUGUUGUAAAACCAGGUUCAAAGACACUGCCAGCACCAUAUGUAAAAGUGUAUCUGUUAGAAAAUGGAGCCUGCAUAGCCAAAAAGAAAACAAAGGUAGCAAGAAAAACACUUGAACCUCUUUAUCAGCAACUUUUGUCAUUUGAAGAAAGCCCCCAAGGAAAAGUUUUACAGAUAAUUGUUUGGGGAGACUAUGGACGUAUGGAUCACAAAUCUUUUAUGGGAGUGGCACAGAUACUUUUAGAUGAACUGGACCUGUCAAAUAUGGUGAUUGGAUGGUUCAAACUUUUCCCCCCUUCCUCCUUAGUAGAUCCAACUUUGGCUCCUCUGACUAGAAGAGCUUCCCAGUCAUCUCUUGAAAGUUCAACAGGACCUUCUUAUGCUCGCUCAUAGCAGCUGUGAAACUGUUGUCAUAGCAACCAGCGUUACAAAAAAAAAAAUUACAGGUCGCAAACCCUGGUAACACUGCAUGCUUAAUGUUGUGUCUUCUGAGCCUGUUUCUAGGGCUACCAAGCGAUCCUGUGUUCUCAGAGGAAGUUGCACACAUUGUGCACUAAGGAAGGCCCUCAGGUGAAAGAGUGGAGCUGUAAAGAACUAACAGGUUUGGAGUUCAGUGACACUUAAGUUUUGGUCCAAUCUGAAGCCAUGGAUUAAACUAAAAGAUCAAUGUGUUUCAUGCAACAAAAGUCCUUUUCAAUGGCAUAUCUAUUUUGUUGCUCCCUUUUAACUGCCCCCUAAAGCCUCAUUAUGCCACAGAAAUGGAGCUACCCCUCUUCCUCCAUGAAGCCAUGUUACAAGUCAAUGGAACAGUAGACAUCGGAAGAACAGAAGAAUGUAAGAUCAUCAAAAAAGAAAAGUCAGCUGUCAUAUGGAACAAAGACUAGAGAAAACUCUUCGUACUAGAAUGCUUUAAAAGUUGUAGGGCAGGCUUCAUAACUCCAGCUAUCGCUACAGUGAAACCCCAGAUAUGAUGGGCUCUCUGAAAAAUAAAAUUCUUUGGAUAUACUGUACUGUAUGAAAUUAAAGAAACUUUUUGCAUGGACACAGAUUUAGCUGAACACUUAAAUUAUUUUCUUGGGGCUGCAACUUGCAAAAAAAAAAGAAUAAAUCAGCCAUUUUCAACAAUUUAUAUUAUUUUUAAAAGUAAAUUUCACUAGUGCAUGGUUUUAAAGGGGAGAGAAUGCAACAGGGUGAUACAAAGACACCACGUUUAUCAUUCUUUAAACCAAUCAUGAUCUGUGUUUUUGCAGACAUAUAUUAAAAAUAAAAGAUGAUAAUUUCUAGCUAAUAUUUAAAAUUCUGUUUGUGACAAGAAAUAAGUGUAAUAUAUUAAAUUUAUUUAAAUGUAAAAGGUACAAGCCUUGUAAAGUUCAACAUAUGUGCAAAUUGUACACUUCUUCCUCCUUUCUCUCUCUUCUGAAUCUUCCUUUGGCUCUUUUCCCCCCUUAUUUUCCAGAAUGAUCCAUUAUAUCCUAAAACUGCUACCUUUUGACUUAUUGCUUUCUUAUGCCCCAUAUUUGGUUCAGGGUUGCAGAUUGUUUUGCAUUUCUGAAUUCUUGGACAAAAAUAUUGUUUAAGAGCUUACUUUUUUCAAGCAUGUUGAAAAGGAUUUUGCAACAUGGCUUGGGAGUUCAUUAAAGUAAUUCAGCAUGUAUUUGAUAAAGAAGAUAUUUGAACUUUUUGCAAUUAAUUGUACAGUGCAUGGUAACUUAUUUUCAUUUUUUUCCUCACCUUCAAAUUGAAUUCUACAGCAAAAUACUGGAAUCAUGUGGCCAUUGUAAGAUGUCUUCAAUAAAUUUGUUUUCAACACCACCAUCAUUCAUUCAAGGGUUGAACUAUAAUUUCUUGAAGGUCUUGGAGAGAGGGGGGAAAAAAAAUGAACCAAAUGUUUGAUUUUUAGGAACUAAAUUUCAGCAGUUUCAUUUGCACUCAGCCAAACAAAUUGCUACAUAUUUAGAGUCAUAAUAACCAACAAAGAUUAUUAAUUCUUCAUAAUUCUUCUGCUGUAAAGUUCGGUUUUUCAUGGUCUAUAUUUGUGAUGGCAACAAUGUAAUUAGUGAACAUCGGUCUGCCAUAAAAAUGUCAAACUUUGAUUUGUAAUUGCCUUAAAGAUAAUAGAACAUGUACCAUCGAACAGUUAUUUGACACCGUCACCACAAGCCUAAAUGCAAAGUCAACAGAUGAUAAAACACCCGUCUCCAUGUAGUAGGCAUUUAUUACCAUUAGGUGGUGCUGGAAGUCUAGAUCAC